CACACCCAAUCUGAUUGAUUGCAACGUCCAGAAUGCUGUAGUAUAGCUAAAAGACAAAGCAAAGAGCAUUUCGACAUGAGGGACCCACUGACGGAUUGCUCGUACAAUAAAGUAUACAAGAGCCUGAAGGAGUUGGCUCAAAAUGGAGAGAAUUUCUGCAAGCAGAUCACAUCCGUCCUUCAGCAAAGGGCCAACCUGGAGAUCAACUAUGCCAAAGGACUUCAGAAACUGGCAGCCAAGCUGAGCAAAGCACUACAGAGCACAAAGAAAAACUGUCUCAGCACUGCCUGGGCCUGGGCCUCAGAGAGCAUGAAAUCGGCGGCAGACCUACAUCAAAAACUUGGCAAAGCGAUUGAGUCGGAAGCAAUAAAGCCAACACAUCAGGUCCUGAGUAUGCAAGAAAAGAAGAGAAAAUCGCUUGAUAAUGAAGUUGAAAAGACGGCAAAUCUUGUUAUUAACAACUGGAAUCAGCAAAUUAAGGCUAAGAAAAAAUUAAUGGUGAGUACAAAGAAGCAUGAAGCACUUUUCCACCUUGUAGAAAGCUCCAAGCAAUCCGUGUCCCAGAAGGAGAAGCAGAAGCUCCUCAACAAACUGAAAAAAUCCACUGAGAAGUUGGAAAAGGAAGAUGAAAGUUACUACCAAAAAAACCUGGCCGGCUAUUCUACUAGACUGAAAUGGGAGAGCACGCUGGAGAGCUGCUACAAGAGCAUGCUGGAGCUUGAGAAGGAAAGGAUUCAACUUUUAUGUAAUAAUCUAAACCAGUACAGCCAACACAUCUCUCUUUUUGGACAAACGCUGACCACGUGCCACACACAGAUCCACUGUGCCAUCAGCAAGGUUGAUGUUGAGAAAGACAUCCAGGCUCUAAUGGAAGAAACUGCAAUCCUGUCUACAGAGAACAAAUCCGAGUUUCUACUGACUGACUACUUUGAAGAAGAUCCAAAGAAUACAAUGGAUAAAGAGAGACGGAAGUCAUUGAUAAAACCGAAAUUGCUGAGACUGCAAAAAGACAUCGAAAAGGCCUCAAGGGACAAAGAAGGCCUGGAACAGAAGCUUAAAACACUCUCUGGCAACUCUUCCUUCGCUGAUGCCAAGAGCCAGAAGGAUGCAGAGGCCUUAAUGGACGAGAACAGUUUGAAACUAGACCUUUUGCAAGCGAACUCCUACAAACUGUCGUCAGUGUUAGCAGACCUGGAGCAGAGGCCGAAACCCAGCCACCCCUGUAGCGCCUGCAUCUUCAAGUGGAAGGAAAAGGAGCACUCUCACACUUAUGUAAGAAUAUCCCGGCCGCUUUUGACGACGAGAUUAGAGAAAACUGUGAGCAAGGCACCUUCUGGCGGGCAGAACAGCCCUAGUUCUUCACCUUCAGCCUCUGGGUCCCGAGUCGGCAACAAUCUUUGCAAGGCCUUGUAUACCUUCCAAGCAAGGCAAGAUGAUGAGCUGAAUUUGGAAAAAGGAGACAUUGUGACCCUACAUGAGAAGAAGGAAGAAGGAUGGUGGUUCGGCUCUUUGAAUGGGAAGAAAGGCCAUUUUCCUGCUGCCUAUGUGGAGGAGCUGCCUGCAAAGGCUGGGAACGCAGCCACGCAGUCAUAAAACAAGACUGGACACCUGGGGGGCCUUACGUGUUCUGUAAAUGAUGUGCUGCGAAUAAAGAGGCACAG